AAUAUGGCGGCAGCAUUGCCAAUUCGUCCUGCAGAAGUCUUCGCAUCUUUGGCGAAUAGAUCAGCAAAACGCGACGAGAAAACUUCCAUUGCCACUGAAAGUAGGUCGAUAAUGGUCUCUGGUGUAGCAGCAGUUGAGGUCGCUCCUGAUCAGAUUUUACUCUCAGUUUCGGUUGUGAGUUCAAAGAAUAGCGUAGAAGAGGCCAAGUCCAGCGUCAAACGUCGAUGUGAUUACAUAAAACAGGUGUUAAGAAAUCACAGUUUGAAAGAGAAUGAAUAUGAGACAUCAACCGCCGUUUGGAAAGACCAGAAUGCUUGGAAUGUCAGAUCAGACUUUUCUGUACCCUUUGUUGAUGCAUCCGUAUGUGAGAAGGUCGAAAAUGUUUUGGUUGAAAAACUUCAAACUGGAGUGUUGGUUUCUCGGCCAGUCUUUUCUCACACUCAGCAAUGUAUCGAGGCUGGAAGACAAAGAGCAUGUCUGCAAGCUGUUCAAAAUGCAAGGAAUAAAGCAGUUUUGAUUGCUCGGUCAUUGAAGGAGGAAGUUGGUCGAGUGUUUAGUGUUUGUGAGGAGUCAAUGGAGGAAAUUUUUAGUGAAUCGAAUGGAACAAAUGUUGAAGAGGAUGUGAUGACCACCAGGAAUCAGAUGAAGUCAUGCAAACGUAUUUUUCAAGCUACCGUCACCAUUGUGUUUGAGCUAAAACCACACAAAGCUGGACAAGUUGGAAGGAAACAUUAAUUAAGGGAUGACGUGUAUAGUUAAUUAACGAAUUUAUGUAUAUUGUGACAGCAGCUAUUAAUAUUUUGUAAGUCUGUAAAAUAUAUUAGGAUACGUGUGGUGCCUUAGAAAGUACAGAAUGCAGUGCAUAUGAAGGAACACGAGAAACCAGAGGAUAUCUAAAUGAAACAUAGAGCUCAUAUCUGUAGUAGAGUUAAUUAAUUGUUUCUGCACAGAAGACUGUUUUGAGCCAAUUGGACAAACAGG